AUGGAGCUUUACACCGAGACAACGGAUGGAUCAACGAUAGAAGAUAAAGAGACGGCUCUGGUUUGGAGCUAUGAGGAUGCUGAUCCGGAUUUUGGAUCAUGUCAAGCUAAAGGGCUUCUUGAUCAUCUUGAAAGUGUUCUUGCUAAUGAACCUGUAACAGUCAAGAGAGGACAGAACUAUGUUGAGGUCAAGCCACAGGGAGUGAGCAAAGGACUUAUAGCGAGGAGGAUGCUAUCGAUGAUGCAAGAAAGAGGAACACUUCCAGAGUUUGUUCUGUGUAUUGGAGAUGAUCGGUCUGAUGAAGACAUGUUUGAAGUGAUUUGUAGUUCCACUGAAGGCCCUUGGAUUGCGCCGAGAGCUGAGGUUUUUGCUUGUACUGUCGGUCAAAAGCCGAGCAAGGCCAAGUAUUACUUGGAUGACACUGCUGAGAUUGUCAGGUUGAUGCAUGGUUUAGCUUCUGUUUCAAACCAGACCACUCCUGCUUAA